UUUUUAUGUAAGCCAGCGGCGGGUCUGCGGCGAUUUUUGAAAGGGGGUUACGGUCUAACGGCCGCUCCGCGAAGCUUCUGCUAUAGGGCGCGCGUGUGUGCUGCGCCCGUCACCCGCUUAAGUGUCUACUCCCCCUUCCCCCCCCCGUCGCGAGUGCCUCGGGGCCGUGCGCAGAGCAGAGCCCGGCUACAGCCACGCCGCGAGGAGCGCCACACCCCCCUCUGGGAUCCGACGGCGAGCGGGGCAGGGUGGGGGCUCGCAACAGGAUGGCGUCGUCGUCGGUGGUUGUGAGCUCGGAGGGGUCCCCGGAGCCAGGGGGCAGCGGGUGGCCCCGCGCGGAGUCCGAAGGGGAGCAGGAGCGGCUGCUGCGGCGCGGGGAGCUGCUGGCCCUGGGGAACCACCUGAAGGAAGCGCUGGAGACUUACUCGGCGGCGCUGCGUCUCGGGCCGCCUGCGGGACCCCGCCGCCUCGAGACCCUUGUGGACUGUCUGGUGCUGAACUACCGCCUCCGACAGGGGCUGGACUGGAGCCGGGACCAGGGGGCCCGGGAGGAGGGAGGCGACGCGGCCGCAGGGCCGCUGACCUGCUGCGGCUGCCGGGGCUUCCUGGGCGAGCCGGUGACCGCUCCGUGCGGGCACAGCUACUGCCGCCGCUGCCUCCGGAGGGAGCUGCGCUCCCGCUGCCGCCUGUGCCGGGACCUGCUGCUGCCGCCGGCCGGGGGUGGCCCCGCCGCCCAGCUCCGGACCAGCGUCGUCCUCAGCCAGUUGGCGGAGAAAUGGUUCCCGGCCGAGUGUGAGAGGGCGCGGACCGGCAACCUGCUGGGGGAGCUGCUGAGCCAGGGGCGCUUCCGAGAGAGCCUGAGCGCCGCCAGCCAGGCCUUGCUAACAGAUCCCAGUGACUUGAUGUUAAGAGUUUACAGAGCUGAAUCAUAUGCUGGCCUCCAAGAGUUUAAAACAGCCAUAGAAGAUCUAAAUUUUAUCAUCUCUAAAAUGUCAAAUUGGCCAGAGAUUUACUUCAGGAAAGCGAAAGUGCUUCAUGAUGCUGGGUUUGUAGGUGAUGCCUUACAACUGUUCCUACAGUGCUUAUCCCUUGAUGAGGAUUUUGUUCCAGCAAAGCUAGAAGUGGAAAAGACAUUGUGUGAUUUGCUGUCACCAGAAAAUGUGAGAGAGAGUCUGAAGGAAUCUGCUUGGACUUCACCUCAUAUUCGAAAUAAACCUUUUACACUUGGUUCUGAAAUGGAAGAGUCUGGCUGUAAUCUACAGCUUUGUCCAGAGCAGAAUUUAGGAGUGCCAGAGAUAACAGUGGAGUCUUUCAGAGGAAGCCUAAAUCGUGUACAAUCUUCCCAUGCUCUUAACUCAACAGAAAAUCUUGCUAAAGGAGAUGGAUUAAAAAGGGUUUCUUCUGAACCUCUGCUUUCUAGCCAGGAAAAAGGUGCUCUCCUAAAAAGGAAGCUUUCCCUUUCAGAACAGGAUGCAAUCGUGUCUGAAGAUGGAAGAAGCAAACAUAAAAAACCAGGAGAAACUACAAAAAGGGACACUCCACAAACCAGUGAAAAUGCAACAGUUCCACAGCACUUAAUUGAUGUGGCAGAUUUUGAGUGUUCUCUGUGUAUGAGGUUAUUUUUUGAGCCGGUGACAACCCCUUGUGGACAUACCUUCUGCAAGAAUUGUUUAGAACGCUGUUUAGACCAUGCCCCACAGUGUCCCCUAUGUAAAGAGAGCUUAAAAGAGUAUUUGGCAAUUAGGAAAUACAGUGUCACAGUACUACUGGAAGAAUUAGUGGUGAAAUAUCUGGCUGAUGAAUUAUCUGAGAGAAAAAGAAUUCAUGAUGAAGAAACUGCUGAACUCUCAGACUUGACCAAGAAUGUUCCUGUGUUUGUUUGCACUAUGGCAUACCCCACUGUGCCUUGCCCUCUUCAUGUGUUUGAGCCAAGAUACCGAUUGAUGAUUCGCAGAAGUAUGGAAACUGGGACUAAACAAUUUGGGAUGUGUAUCAGUGACCCUCAAAACAAUUUUGCAGAUUAUGGUUGUAUGCUGCAAAUUAGGAAUAUUCAUUUCCUACCUGAUGGGAGGUCUGUUGUUGACACAGUUGGUGGAAAGAGAUUUAGAGUUUUACGAAGAGGGAUGAAAGAUGGCUAUUGUACCGCAGACAUCGAAUAUUUGGAAGAUAUUAAGGUUGCAGAUAAAGAAGAGCUGAAGAAUCUGAGAGCACUUCAUGACGUGGUAUACAAUCAGGCUUGUGGCUGGUUCCAAAGCUUGAGAAACAAAUUUCGCAGCCAGAUCCUUCAGCACUUUGGGCCGAUGCCAGAGAGAGAGGAAAACCUACAGGCAACACCUAAUGGACCGGCUUGGUGUUGGUGGCUUCUAGCUGUCCUCCCUGUAGACCCCAGGUAUCAGAUCUCGGUUCUGUCAAUGAUGUCUUUGAAAGAACGUCUAAUCAAAAUCCAACAUAUACUCACAUAUUUUUCUAGAGACCAGUCCAAGUGACUAACCGCCUGGAUCUUCCUGAAGAGUUACUCUUUUCUGGUUGUAAUCACAGCUGGAGUUUUUGCUGCUUUUGCACGUCUAGUGCUGGUUUGAAAAGUGUGAUGAAACUGCUUCCUCCCCCCUCCCGCCAACUUCCUGAACCAUCUGGUUCUUCAAAUGGGCACUGUCUUCAACUAGAAGGAUAGACCACUAAAGUUGCGCAUGCAAAAAUCAAUCCAGCCACCGAACAUGGAAAAAUUCUACAUGAUUUGCACUAUGUAUGAGACAGUCAUGCUAAAACUUGAGAAUUUAUUGCCACUGACUUUCUAAAGCUGUGGGAAAUGCAAGACUUAAGGCUGACAGUCCAAGUUUACAGCAUUAAGAAUGCAUUUUUUUGCAAAUAAGAGCUUGCCUCAGAUACAACUGUCCUGUUGCUAUUUGCACAAAUAUUUGAAAUAUAGUAUUGAAUGUUGCUGUUGGAAAUUAUUGCUCUUGCUGAACUGUCUUGACUAUGGCACAGAUUCUUAAUAUCUUAUAAAUAUUUGCAUCAUAGACCAAGUGACCUGAAUUAUGAUGAAAUUAGAGCUGGUUUUAAGGAACAACUGAAAAAAAAAUGAACAUGGUACUUCUGUCAAAGAUAAUUAAACUGUGAAUAUGGCAUAUGUACCUAUAACUGUACACGUUUAAAGGGAAAAUUGAAAACAAACAUUUAAUACCAGUUACAAUUUUAUUGGGCUUUUCAGACUGGUGGUCCUUCUGAGCACUUAAGUAGUUUAUAGAGCUUAUAACAAGAAGCUUUAGUACAAUAUGCUAGGAAUUGUGCAUUCCAAUUUUUUUUGUUUUUUUUUUUUUAAAAAAGUUUAUAAAUUGUUUGCUGCCUCUAUGCCUUAUUCAUAUUAAUAGUAGAGCCCACUGCAGUGGCAAGUUUUAGAAUUCAUGCUGCCAACUCGUACUUUAAUUAUCCGUUGGUUGCAUAUAUGUGAAUAUCUGACACAUUAGCUUUCUUGUAUGUAAAUCAUUUGUAAAAUUUUCUUACAAAUCUUGCUUUUUGCUAAUCUAUUUAAUUUUCAAGAAAAGCUAAGUUUGUAAUAUUUUGUAACUUAACUAAAUGUUACUUUUUUAUAAAAUUGUUUUCAUACAUUUCCAUUUCCAUUUUGGGGUGGGGGGAGGGGUGUCUUACACAGAGCCAGAAGCAUUGUUAGCUUAGAUCAGGGUUGCAAACACUUCAUGGACAUGCAUAUGGCAUGUACGUUGAUUUCUUGCCAUCAGUGUCUGGUCUGACUGAAUAGGAACUAACGAGGUCCCACCAAAAUAACUUGUCUGUCUUAUUUUUAGCUAUAGUGUUGGUUUCUCCGUCCCUUUUAUUUUAAAUUGUCACCAUACUUUUAAAUUUUCUGACGUUCUUAAGAAUUUAAGAAGUUGAGCUUUACGUUUUAUUAAACUCUAUGUCCCUUGUUCUGUCCUCAACCUGUAGGCUUCUUCAGAUAUUAGAGGCUCCUCAAAUUCGUGCAAUUUGAGUAUUCUUACGGUCUUCUCAACAUAAUGUAUUGUUCUUUAAUGUUAUCUGUGGAAAAUGCCAGUUCUCACUGAUAAGUAGUAAGAAGAGAAGAGGACUAAAGAACCUUUUUGUUUUGACUCAAGUUCUUAAUACUCUCUGCUUAAAGGCUUUAGUCAGACUAGGUUCUCCCUUCCUUAUUUGCUCCUCUUGCCCCCACUUAUCUCUUGUCAGGAACUGUUGACUAUCUUUGCAACUCUAAUUUUAUACCCACUUGGUUUCCUUGGUAUUAAGUGUCUGAUAUUCUUGAUGUAAAAUUAGUACUUGGCCAGUUGCAAAGUCUCAUCCUGAUAAUCCUAUUCAAAUCAGUUGGAACUCCAGACCUGAGAGAAGCAUUUGGGGGUUUAAUUGGUUUUUUCCCUCCGUAUAGAAAGUAGAGAUGACAGAAAAAAAGGUUUAAUAGAGCAGUUCUAAAAGUGAAUACUUGUGGUCUGAAGCAGUGGUUCUCAACCAGGGGCCUGGGGCCCCCUGGGGGGCUGCAAGCAGGUUUCUGGGGGUCCUCCAGGCAGGGCCUGUGUUACUCACUGGGGCCCAGAGUAGAAAGCUGAAGCCCCACCGCAUGGGGC